AUGCUUAGUUGGAGGAAGAUCACGGCACGUGAUCUCCGACCUGUUUAUCUGAACUUCAGUUCUAGAUCCUGUUGUAGCUCUUCGAGCUACGUCUUGUAUAAUAGCCUGCCCCUGCCUGUACCUGUCAAUGGGAAUCUGAUCUGUUACGACCUGUUCCUACCAGUCAUCUCCUAUCAUACUGUCCUGCCAGCCCGCACCCUGACAAAGGAGCUUAGUGUUUACAUAGUAGCGUAG